AUGGACGACUACAGAGCCUCUCUCGGCCGUUCCGCCUCAAACGGAGCGAUCAGAGAUAGUGAGGCGCUGAGGAGUCCAAUGAUAUUUGGCCUGCAUACUAGGGAUUCAUCUACCGAAAGCAAAGGUAGCCCGUUACUCGCGAGGAAUAAAGGAGCCGGGCACUCCAGUCCACACGACCCUUUCAUCGAGUACAAAGACACAUGGGUCAACACACCAGCUGCCAGCCCGCGCGUGGUCUCGCCGCGUAAGCACUUCUCAUGGGCGUCUCCUUCUUCAGCUGGUACACCAGCUACACCGGCCUUCCCAGCCUUCGCGCCUCCAGCAGCUACAACAGCACGAGCUACGUAUCCCAAUCUCACUCCUACUACUCCGUCCUUCCACUUCCUCCCCUCACCUACUCGUUCGGAGCUCCUCCCCAUCCCCCCUCCACCCCUCUCGUCGAUCCAAGGCCAGUACACGCACUCGCCCUCCGCCCGCGCCCGUCUCGACGCGCAAAAGAUCGUCCGCGAAACCUGGAUCCGCACCGAAGCCAAGGAGAUUUUCGAUCUUAAACAAGCUGAACUCGUGGCCGCCCAGACGUACCAGUAUACGCAUUCCAAGCAAGACUAUGAGGCCUGGCAGCGCGCUACAGCCUCACUGAAUGAGGCUACGGAUCUGGAGAAGAGGAUGGAGGAGCGCAGGAAUUUGUUCUUGCCCGUGGGUAUGGAGGCUAUGCGUACGGGGCCUAGCAAUGCUGUUGGGGAUGGUUCGGCGGCGUAUCCGGCCGUGAAUGGUGGUCACCACGGUGGUGGUAGUGGCUCGAUGAGCGGCGAGGGAGAAGGCCGGCUGUUGGGCUAUCAGAUGGCGGUUAUGGAGCGUGUGUGUGCGGAGGUCCAGCGAAGGGACGAAGAUGAGGAGGACGAUGAGAUCUCUCGUGAGAUGUUGGCGACGCUGAGUUUGGCGGAGAAGAGGGCGUUGAGGGAGCAUCUGGUGGGGAGGCUUGAGGCUCGCAGGGGUUGA